AUGCCUGGAGGUGGAGUCGUCCCCGUCACCGGCACGGCUGAUGUUAGCCGUGUCGAGGCUCCCGUCACUGUUCGCGCCUACCUCAUUGUUGCUUUUGCAGCCUUUGGAGGUAUCUUCUUCGGAUAUGACACUGGUUGGAUGGGAGGUGUCCUGAACAUGGACUACUUCAUCAAGCAAUACACUGGAGCAGAGUACCCCGAUGUUGCCUUCCCCGGCCUCGCUCCUUUGGACCCUAAGAUUACAGACUACCGCAAAUCUACCUUUGUUAUCGCUCCAUGGCAACAAUCUCUCGUCACUUCUAUCCUGUCCGCUGGUACUUUCUUCGGUGCUAUUGCCGCUGGUGACAUUGCCGACUUCAUCGGACGUCGUGUUACUAUCAUUCUCGGUUGUGCCAUCUUCAUAGUUGGUGGUAUCCUCGAGACUGCUUCCACUGGUCUUGGUGUCAUGACUGCUGGUCGUCUCAUUGCUGGUUUUGGUGUCGGUUUCAUCUCCUCCAUUGUCAUUCUGUACAUGUCCGAGAUUGCCCCCAAGAAGGUCCGUGGUGCCAUUGUUGCUGGUUACCAAUUCUGCAUUACCAUUGGUAUCCUGCUCGCCAACUGUGUCGUCUAUGCGACCCAGGAACGCCGUGAUACCGGUUCUUACCGUAUCCCGAUUGCCGUCCAGUUCCUGUGGGCCAUCAUCCUCGCCGUCGGUCUUGCUCUUCUGCCCGAAUCUCCCCGAUUCUGGGUCAAGAAGGGAAAGCUUGACAAGGCCGCCAAUGCUCUUGGUCGUGUCCGUGGUCAGCCCACCGACUCCGAGUACAUUCAGGAUGAACUUGCUGAGAUCAUUGCCAACCACGAGUACGAGAUGUCUGUUGUUCCCCAGACCAGCUACCUUGGCUCCUGGAUGGCCUGCUUCGAGGGCAAGAUUGCCAAGCCUUCGUCCAACGCCCGCCGUACUACUCUCGGUAUCUUCAUGCAAGCCAUGCAACAGCUGACUGGUAUCAACUUCAUCUUCUACUUUGGACCCGUUUUCUUCCAGCAGCUCGGUUCCAUCGACAACCCCUUCUUGAUCUCUCUCGUCACCACGCUUGUCAACGUGCUCUCGACCCCAGCCUCGUUCGUCAUGGUUGAGAAGAUUGGACGUCGCCCUCUUCUCAUCUUCGGUGCCGGAGGCAUGGUUGUCAUGCAAUUCAUCGUCGGCGCCGUCGGUGCCACUGCCGGAAAGAACACUGCCGACCACCCUGCCAACCCCAACGCUACCCGCGCCAUGAUUGCCUUCAUCUGCUUGAACAUUUCCGUCUUCGCCACCACUUGGGGUCCCUGUGCCUGGAUCGUCAUUGGUGAAAUCUUCCCUCUCACCAUCCGAUCUCGCGGUGUUGGUCUCUCCACUGCCAGCAACUGGUUCUGGAACUGCAUCAUCGGUAUCAUUACUCCCUACCUUGUUGCCGACCGUGAGGACUCUGCUCGUCUUGGAUCCAACGUCUUCUUCCUAUGGGGUUCUCUCUGCUGCAUUUCCUUCCUCUUCGCCUACUUCUUCGUUCCCGAGACCAAGGGUCUUACUCUCGAGCAGGUCGACAAGAUGUUGGAGGAGAGCACUCCUCGCACUUCCCGCAAGUGGAAGCCACACAGCACUUUCGCUGCUGAGAUGAACCUCGCCGAGAAGCACAUUGAGAUCCCUGUCGAGAACGUUACCACUAAGCAGGAGACCUCUGUUUAAGUACAUGUCUCUUGCACACCCUCGAACGGGGAAACAAGGAGUACAUGGUAUAUGGAAAUACAUAGGUUCAUAUGUUGGAAUGAUGACCGUUUGGCGGAUGAUCAGUUAAUGUUUGGGAAGCUAUGAUGACAAUUCGUCUAUUGCAUUGAUUGCAAGCGAUGAUGCGCUUCUUUAUAACUUCAAUAAUGGAAUUUUACUAUACCCAGAGUCUCAGUUAUUACUGGUCUCUAUUGCG